GCAGUGAGUUAGCAACUGAGUGUGGCUUCAAUAAGAGGCUACAGGCGGCGGCGGCUACAAUAACAACGGAUGUUUUCGAUUAUAAUUCAGAAGCAAUUUAUGUUUAGGGCGUACUAACCUAAACAUAAAUUGAUACUGUUUUAUAUCAGUAUACAACAGCUUCUAGACAACAGUCAGCAGUAAAGCGACUCUGGCAGUGUAACCACGGCAACCGUCUUCAACGUUAGUUUACAAUGGAAGACGAUCAAGCAGAAAUAAAAGAACGGAAUCAUUCCUCGACUGCGUCCCUUGAGAGUGAUGAAAGUACCAACAGUGGUCGAUUCUCCGACAGACCUACAGAAGUAAAAUAUGACAAGGAUGAGUUUUUGAUGAUGUCUCCAGAAGAAAAACUCAAACACUUCAGAUGUCGAGCUCAGACGAACGAGGACAACCAGAAGUUUGAUGGAUGCAUCCAGGACUUGGUGCGAUGUGUGGCUCUGACACGACUUGUGUGUGGGGAGAAACAGUUAGAACUCGCACAGGCUCAUGCCAGGCUGGCUAAAGCAUACUUUCAAUUCAAAGGUUGGGGACUCCAAGCCCUGGAGCAUUUGGCAGUUGCCAAAGAGUUGCUUCUUUUUCGCUCCUCCGUCUCGGCCUACAGUGAAGAUGAAAAGCUUGAGGUUCUCGCAUGCCAUCUAAGUAUGCACCUCACAAAAGGAGGGGCUUCACUUCUUACAGACAAUUUGGAGGAGGCGGUCUCAUCUUUCCAGGAGGCAGAUAAAGUUCUGAUGAAGCUUUAUCAACAUGGUGAUAUGAACCUGGAAGAGAAGAUAAAGACUCAGCUGGAAAUCACCAGUGGUCUAUGCAGGGUUUAUGCCAGGCAAAAUCGACCAGAGGAGGCAUUAAGCCAGUGUGAGAAGUCUUUGGACCUACUGAAGAAUUGCAAUAAGCAUGAGAGGAUGUGUGCUGUUUAUAAAGACAUGGCUACCAUUGAACAGGAUAAAGAUCACUUGGACAAAGCUAUAAACUAUCUCUCCAAGGCUCAUACCAUAGCGAUGAGUCACAGUCCAGAGGAUCUGGAGGGAGCUCAGAUCUCCCACAGCCUGGCCAUGAUCCUUUCUGCUGCACCAGACCAACAUCACAAUGAAACUGCGGGUCACUAUUUUGAGCAAAGUCUACGUGCUUACAGGAACUCUGUAGGUCCACUUGAUCCAGAUUUUCUUGCUGCCCAGGAUGACUUCUGUCGAUAUCUCUUGAUUAAUGGACAAGAGGAGAAAUGUUUGGAGAUCCAGAGAGCCUCUCUUGAGUCUAAAAUAUCUACAUUUGGUGACCUGAGCUCUGAGGUAGCAGAGACUCUUCAGCUGAUUGGAGGUGUGGAAAUGACUGAGGGCUGGGUGAACCAAGCCCACAGGACCAUGACAAAGUGCUUGGAUGUACACAAGUUGCUGUAUGGUCCUCAGCACAAGAAAUCAAAAGCAGUCCAAAAAGCUGUGAACAUGUUGGCAAGGGCACCUGAAGUGGUAAAGAGACAACAGCAAAGAAGAAGACAGACAAACUUAGACACAUUUCCAGUUAUACCAUCCAGUGGUGAAAAUGCAAACUCUACAUUUGAUGCUUGAAAUCUCAUUAUUCCCCACUUCUUUACCUUUGGACAAGGUUAUUAUGGUACCCCUAAAGGUUUGAGGCAGUAGAUAAUCAUUAUGUAAGCAAUUAGUUUGUCUGGCCUAUUAUGUGAAUUUACUGAAAAAUAAUGCACACAAAACAUUCCAACAAUAUAUAUAUUUUAAUAUUGUUAAGAUAUUCAUCAAUGAAAUGCAGAAAUCCCCAUCAGCCAAAGCAGUUGUAUCAUUUGUUUAUCAGAAAUCAAUAAAAUGAAAUACAUAUAAUUUUGUUUGCUCCACAUUCAUUAAACAUUGACUCAUAUCCUCUUUUUAAACCAAUAGAUUUUCCAUAUAGUUAAUCUUAGUGAAUAAAAUGUGUUGGCACGUGGUAUCCAGAUACCAGUUUGCUUGAAGAUGCAUUCCAAAUUUAUAAAUGUUAAUAGAGAAAAGAUCAGAAAAUAUGUGAAAACAGGAUGUAUCUGGGCACCUAAAUGCAACAAAUCUGUCUUUCUCUAACAGAUAAGUGUGUUUAUGCUAAAUAUCUCAUGUCUGUGCUACAUCACAUAAUGACAAAUUGUUAUUUUAUAAAUUGUUAUAAAGUGUAAUAAUCAAACAUGCUGAAAAGGUCUGAAACAAAUAAAGAGACUGAAUACAUUGCACACUAAUUCUGCCUUGGCAAACAGCAUACAAGACAACAACCCCUUGUGAACAUUCAAUGCCACUAAGCUGAUGAUCCAAAAAUAGUCCUGGAACACUCUUAGGUCAGAGCAAAACUGAAUCCCUCAUGCCAACACUGUGAUACCUAACAUAUAUGCACAAACAUACACAAUAUGUCUCACAAACAUAUUAUCACCAUUGCUGAAACAUUAGAAUUUUUGAAUGUAUCCUGCUUCUUCUAAUUAUUGCCUUCAUUUAUAUGUAGAUAAACUUCUUUAAAGUUAUUGAUUAACUUGACCCCAUCACCUUGUGUGAAUCUUGACUAUUUGCCAUCAAUCCAGUAAUUCACAGCAGUGUAAAAUAACAUGUAAAUAUAUUGUUAAAACAAACAACUUUUUCUCUGUUUGUAGAUUAUAUCUGUUGCUCAAAACACAUUAUACUUCCUAAAACAUACAUAAUUUCCUAUCAGUAAUGAAUAAAGGUAGAUAAUCAAAAUACAGCUAGUUUUUUGUCACAUUCAGUAGACAUUUUCCACGUGAAAUCCUAAUUCAAUCCAUCCUUAAUAUUCAGUAAUUUCAUUUUAAAUGUAACAUAUGUCCUCAGAAUGUAACAUCUACCAACAUCACUCCAUUUUGGUAAGGUGCUCAAGGCACAAGAAAUCCCAAUCUGCAAACGGUGCACAGCACCCAUAACUCCCAGUGCCUGGUUGGUCUGUAAUAAGUGUUGAUCCAAAAGAUUCAACAAUAUGGCACAUGAUGACUGAGUUAGUGGUCUGCUGUAAACUGUGAAAUAGGCUUUUUAAAGCUCCACAAAUAAGUUUAAUACCUAAAAAAUACAAAGUGUAUAAGCCAAGCUAUAUGAAA